AUGGAACUUUCUGGUGGUUACAUUCUCAAAACUUAUGGUUAUGGAUUAUUAAAACAAAAUAGUACUAAAUACAUGAUCAUUACGGAAUAUAUGGCACGAGGUAGUCUUGCUACUGUGUUGAAGAAUAAGAACGAGAAGGUAUCCUUGCGUCGAAAAGUUCAUAUGGCAAAACAAAUUGCUAGUGGUAUGAGAAAAAUUCAUGACCAUCAUAUGAUUCAUCGAGACAUUCGCCCUGAUAAUAUUCUGGUUAGUCAAAAUUAUUCCGCCAAAAUUGGUGAUAUGGGCAUUGCACGAGUUAUCGAUCCGUUUAAUCAGCAUACGCAAAUCGGUUAUCCACCAUAUAUGCCACCAGAAUUUCAACAAGGAAGUUACAACCAAAAAUUGGACAUUUUUACAUUUGGUUUGACACUAAAUGAAUUGUUCACGGAAACCCGUCAUCAUUUUCGACAAUCUGCGAACGAAAAAAUUGCUUUUCAAGCAGAAAGUCCGAUCUUUCAGGACUUAAUUGCUCGAUGUACCGCUGAUGAUCCCAAACAUCGACCGGAUGCUGUUGAAAUCGAGAAAACCUUGGAAUUGUACAGUGUAGGUUUCGAUCACAUUGUGCUGAAAAACAAUCUUAACUAUAUUCGCUUAUCGACUGAACAUAAAAACAAAGUUUUUAUCAUGUUCUAUGAGAAAUUUCAUGCACAAGCUACAGAAUUUAUUCAGAAACAGUUUCCAUCUCAAUUCCUUAACGGACCAACAACAGUAUCAGGUGUGAAGGUGGAUAAGAACGCUGAUAAUAUGGUAGAAAAUCCAUGCCACGUUCAAUAG